CCACUUCGAGAAAAAUCCAACACCCAACACAAUUGCUUUUAUUAAUAAUCUGAAAUUCUGAAUCCCCCAUACCCAUUUUAUUAUUCAAAUCUUUCAUUACGUUUAAUUGUAUCACAUUAAAAACCCAACCACAAUCUGGUUUUAUUGCUAAAAUGGUGAUCAGGAUACUUAUUGCUCACAGAUGUAAAGCAUUCACAUUAUUCCCAAACAGUUCCCUCCUCUCUUUCUCUCUCAGUCUCAGCCUUUGUUUCUCAGCACAGCUUGCUAUUUGGUUGUAGGGUUUUUGGCUGCAACCCCAAAUUUCUCUUCUUGAUGAAUUGAAAUUUGGGGUUUUGAGGGGUUUCAGGUUGCUCACGGUGCAUUUGGAUCUUCUGGGUCUAAAAGUUUUCACCUUUUUCAAGUGAUUUAGUUUCUGGGUCUUAAAGGGUUCACAUUUUUCAGUAUUGGGUUUCUUCUGGGACUUGUGGGGUUUAUGGGUGUGGUUACUUUACAGUGAGGUGGGUUUCAGCUGUGGAAUAGAGAAGAAAAUCUUGUGAAACUGUUUUGGGGUGUUGAUCAGUGUGUUGUGCUGCCUUGAGCUCUCAGGAGGUUCUGGUUUUUGGUGGCUUCUGGUUUAAUGCUACGAAAUGCUGGAGGAAUUUGCUGAACUUUGAGAAGUUUUGUGGGUUCUGAUCUCUCUGGAAGUUUUACUAAAGGUGAUUUCUUGAUCUGCUGUGAGUUGUAUGAAAAUCUUAGCUCCAGUACCUUGAGACUAAUUUACUUUCAUCAUCUCUACACUGCUUUUAGGUAAGGUUUUUGAGUAGCAAAGUUUCUAGUUUUACUGUUCUGAGUUUCUGGGUUGUGUAAAAUUCACUGUUUAAAAGCCAGGCUUGAAUUUUUGGGUUCUUUGCUUAGAUCUUGAGUAUGCUUACAAGAUUGUAGCUCAGAAUGGAUCUGAGAAACAUGAAAGGCUAACCAAUUUCUGGUGUUAUUGUUCAGAAGUCAGUGCAUAUCUACUGGUAGGUCUUACAGAUCAUCCAUAUUGACCUUCGAUCAGAAAUGUGUUAUUUCUGGAGCGUGUGUUCUAGGUAGGUCAAGUUACUAACUGUUCUGGUGUCAAUUUGGGGUUUAAGGAGUUAAUUGAGAAAGAAGCGUGGGGGUAUAUAAGACCAGCCUAUUUGUUGAGGAAGUAGUUGAUUAUGGAUUUCUUCAAAGUUAAGAAGUUUAGAAAAGCUCACAAACCAGACCCAGAAAAUGAGUUAGAGGACAAUCCUGUGCCAGAGGAACCAAAGGAGAAUGGUGGUGAUGAAAAAGGCAAGGCCGUUAAUGUUGAUCCUAUAGCUGAAGCUGACGAUGACGAUGAUGAUUUCAUAACAGAGGAAGUCAAGAGAAGGUUAAAAGAAUUGCGAAGGAAUAGUUUUAUGGUAUUGAUCCCGGAAGAAGAGUCAUGUGCUGAAGAGGAGGAGGAAGAAGAAGAGCAGGGAGAGACGAGCUCCAAUGAGUGGAGGGAUGUAGAAGCUGAGGGUCGGCAAUGGUGGUGUGGCUUUGGUGCUGUAUAUGACAAAUACUGUGAGAGGAUGUUGUUCUUUGAACGGAUGAGCACACAGCAGCUUAAGGAAGGCAUCCAAACCCCUACAACUCCAUCACCAAGAUCUGCAUCUAAGAAGCUUUCCUCUCCUUUUCGCUGUCUCUCUUUGAAGAAGAUUGAAGAACCUAAUGACGAGACUGAGCAUCUCCAGCAGCCAGAGAUGGACCCUUAUCAUGAUAUUGAGACAUCAUAUGUAGCUCAAGUUUGCUUGUCUUGGGAGGCACUGCACUGUCAAUACACUCAACUGAAUCAGCUAAUCUCAUGCCAACCUGAAAAUCCCACCUCCUACAACCACAGUGCUCAACAGUUUCAACAAUUUCAGGUUUUAUUACAAAGGUUUAUUGAAAAUGAACCUUUUGAGGAGGGUCUCAGGCCAGAAAUUUAUGCUCGCACGCAGAGAGUUCUGCCUAAACUACUCCGGGUCCCUAAUAUACAAGGUCCAAUUAAUAAAGGGAAAGAAGAAGAAGAGUCAGAUUCCAUGAUUCUUGCCCCUGAUCUGAUCAAGAUUAUUGAAACCUCAAUCCUCACAUUUCUACUUUUCCUGAAGAUGGAUAAGAAAAAAACAAGCGCUGGUCUUAGCUUAUUUGGAAAUCAAAACCAUGCUACCCCACUUCAGCAGAUUCAAACUUCACUGGAUAAGAAAUGGAUGAAAUUAAAGGAACUUCGUAAAAAGAGGAAAAGUUGGAAGAAGUCAUGGCCGCAAUCACAAGAAGAUGUUCAGCUGUUGUUUAGCCUCACUGAUGCAAAGGUUUUGUCAAGGGUUCUCCGGAUGGGAAGAAUUAGUAAAGAGCAGCUAUUUUGGUGCGAGGAAAAGAUGAAAAAGCUAGAUUUGGUGGAUGGCAAGUUGUGGAGAGACCCCUCUCCCACCCUUUUCCCUUGUUAAUAUCUGCCAGGAAUGGUGACUAAGCAGCAUUGAUCUGUUUGAUGGUAAACUGCAGAUUUUAGCUCUUUCUCAUAUGUCUGUGUUUUCGUUUAUGUGCUGCAAGGAAUUUUAUCCUCUGGCGACUAAAUUUGCCAACUCUGUACACCUAGACUACUCUCUGUGUAUGAAUAUUAAGAGGAAUUUGCCUUUUGCCAGUAAGACUAGAAGAGUCCA